GCAUAAAUUCGGACGGUCGAAAGACGGAAAGACAUGGGACGCAGGGCAGCGGUCGUCGUGUUGGGUGAUAUAGGGCGAUGCCCACGAAUGCAGUAUCAUGCCCUUUCUCUUUCGAGACAGGCUGAAAUGGAGGUUGACAUAGUUGCCUUUUCAGGCACCGAGCCGCAUAUGGCAGUCUUGGAGAAUCCUCACAUUCAUCUGCAUUUGAUGAAAACGCCAUUUCCAGCAGGUUUACCCAGACUUCUGUAUUUGCUAUUGUUGCCCGUCAAAGUAAUCGUACAAUUCAUUACUCUGCUAUGGGUUCUCUUGAGGCAAAUACCAGCACCGGAUGUUUUCCUGGUACAGAAUCCUCCAUCGAUUCCUACUUUAAUAGUCGUCAAGUGGGCAUGCUGGAUACGCAAAGCCGGUUUCAUCAUCGACUGGCAUAAUUUUGGCUACACCCUGUUGGGUUUGAACCUUGGAUCCAGCCAUCCAGUAGUGCAAAUUCACUUUUGGUUUGAACAGCGCUAUGGGAAGAUGGCCGAUGGAUUUUUAUGUGUCACGAAAGCCAUGCAGCAUGAGCUUGCUCAAAAUUGGGGCAUAAAGGCCACGGUAUUAUAUGAUCGCUCUCCUGAGUUUUUCCGCCCAAUCACUCUGCAGGAGAAACACGAGGUUUUUAAACGGCUUUACAGACAGUUGACAACACCAUUGGGAAGUAAAGAUUGUUGUAGUGAUGAUUCUCCCGAAGGCUCUAGGUAUAUGGAUAUAUUGUACGACUCGGCCCCAAGUAAGGGGGACGCAACUGGUGAAACUAGAAGCCUACUCCAAGGAGAUUAUGUAUUGCCAAAUGUCCACCAUACGAUCUUGACGAGCCAUACCAUGGUGGAGGGCAGUGAAGGAGACACAUCGGAGAUAAUGGAGGGUGAUAUGUAUUCUUACCGUGAUGGCCGACCAGCGGUAAUUGUGAGCAGCACGAGCUGGACAGCAGAUGAGGAUUUCAACAUCUUGUUGGAAGCCGCACUUAUGUAUGACCGUCGUGUUUCGGUCCUUCUAGGAGAAAACGACUCGGUUCUUGAGAAGGAUUACACAGAUGACCAACUAAAACCAGUGCCAGGCAGUCUAUUUCCGAGACUGCUGAUUAUCGUCACAGGUAAAGGGCCAAUGCGAGCACUCUACGAAGACCAGAUUCGGAAGUUACGCCUUCGACGCGUUGCAUUUCGUACCAUGUGGGUUUCUGCAGAAGACUAUCCACUCCUUCUUGGAUCAGCUGAUCUCGGCGUUUCUCUUCAUACAUCUUCAUCUGGGUUGGAUCUUCCUAUGAAGGUUGUUGACAUGUUUGGCUGUGGACUUCCCGUUUGCGCCGCUUCUUACUCAUGUAUUGAUGAAUUGGUAAAAGAUCGUCACAAUGGUCUUUUAUUUUCAUCGUCUUCAGAGCUUGCAGAUCAGUUGCUGGAUCUGUUUAAAGGGUUUCCGAACUCAUGCCAUCUUCUCAGCUCACUUAAAGAAGGAGCUCAAGCAUCUGGGUCUUCAGCGCGGUGGAGUGAUGAGUGGGCUGAGCAUGUCCUCCCCAUGAUAACAAAGGUGGCAGAGAUGCAUCACUAAAGCCAUGACGUCUUUGCACAAUGAUUGUAUUUUAAUGUACGAGGUUUUAUUAAAAUUAUUAUUUAAAAGAUCUCGCUGCGUUUACAUGUGAAGUGCUGAUCGUAUUUCAUUGUAAGAAUACGAUAGUCCUCAAAAAAAUUGGUACUUGUCUUUAAGCUCCCCCAAUGAAUACAUGUCAGCUGAGAAUGAUAUUGAAUGUCC